GCCACUGCCGCUGCCUCCUCCGAGCGGGCUAGGGGAGCUGGGCUGGCAGGCUGGGCGCGGAGAGGAGCUGAGCGAGGGGCGCGCUCAUGGAGCACACGCAUGCCCACCUCGCCGCCAACAGCUCGGCCUGCGGCUUGGGCUUCGUGCCGGUGGUCUACUACAGCCUCUUGCUGUGCCUUGGCUUACCAGCAAAUAUCUUGACAGUGAUCAUCCUCUCUCAACUGGUGGCAAGAAGGCAGAAGUCCUCCUACAACUAUCUCCUGGCACUUGCUGCUGCUGACAUCUUGGUCCUCUUUUUCAUUGUGUUUGUCGACUUUUUGUUAGAAGACUUCAUUUUGAACAUGCAGAUGCCUCCAAUCCCUGACAAGAUCAUAGAAGUACUGGAGUUCUCAUCCAUCCACACAUCCAUUUGGAUUACGGUUCCCUUAACUGUUGACAGGUAUAUUGCCGUCUGUCACCCACUUAAAUACCAUACGGUGUCCUACCCAGCCCGGACCCGGAAAGUCAUUGUGAGUGUUUAUAUCACCUGCUUCCUGACCAGCAUCCCCUACUACUGGUGGCCCAACAUCUGGACUGAAGAUUAUAUCAGCACCUCCAUGCAUCAUGUCCUUGUUUGGAUCCACUGCUUCACCGUGUACUUGGUGCCCUGCUCUAUCUUUUUCAUAUUAAACUCAAUUAUUGUGUACAAGCUCAGGAGGAAGAGUAAUUUUCGUCUCCGUGGCUAUUCCACAGGGAAAACCACCGCCAUCUUGUUCACCAUCACCUCCAUCUUCGCCACCCUCUGGGCCCCCCGUAUCAUCAUGAUUCUCUACCACCUCUACGGGGCACCCAUUCAGAACCCCUGGCUGGUCCACAUCAUGUUGGACGUCGCCAACAUGCUGGCCCUUCUGAACACAGCCAUCAACUUCUUCCUCUACUGCUUCAUCAGCAAGCGGUUCCGCUCUAUGGCAGCUGCCACACUCAAGGCCUUCUUCAAGUGCCAGAAGCAACCUGUACAGUUCUACACUAAUCAUAACUUUUCCAUAACCAGUAGCCCCUGGAUCUCACCAGCAAACUCACACUGUAUCAAGAUGCUGGUAUACCAGUAUGACAGAAACGGAAAACCUAUAAAAGUAUCCCCAUGACCCCAUAGGUCUGGCACUCGUGCCUCUGUGUAAUCCAUUUCUAGAUGGGAAGGUGUCCCAUCCUAUGGCUGAAAAGCUCUCCUGAAAAGUGCUAAUCUGAUUUCCUAUCUCCACAUACUGAGAAGCUUUCAGACUGGGAGACGAGAAGAGAUAGAAGAGAAGAAAGGAAAGCAUGGAUCUUGUUUUUCUUUGUGCACUUAUUUUCACAAAAUCACAUUGACAGCCAAAGUUCCUACCAGUUU